AGUGAAGCACGAAAUGCCUUGAGAACUGUUAGGACCCAAAGACCACUUACACCACUGGAAGACCAAAGAAAACUAUUUGGAUCCGCAUCUUCAAGAACACCAGAAAAUAGACCUCCAUCCUCCUUCAGAAACCGAAAGCUCCAGCAUCUCCUGCCACAGAGGAGGAUCCCUGCCCUUCCUUUCCUAAACCCCCAGUGGACCCUGCGAAGAUUAGAAGGAUAAGCAGUGCCCGGGCGCGCUUGUUCAGGGCGGCCUCACAGGGGGCUCUUCUGCCAGACAGGACCCUUCCUCCCACACAGCCAAAGAAGAGAGUGGAAUCUAAAGAAACAGUUAUGAUGGGGGACUCUAUGGUGAAAAUAAAUGGGAUUUAUUUACCAGAAUCAAAUGCCUUUGGCCACUUAAAGAGUCACCCACUUCAGCUAACAUAUGAUGGAGACAUCAGUGAAAUCAAGGAGCAAGAAGUGUUCAAGGGGACGACACCCUUGCCAUCCCAUCUCAGAAGUGGAGGGGACCAGGGGAAGAGGUGUUCGAGGGCCUCCUCAUGCCCUAGCAGCUCAGACCAGAGCAGGCUGGACACCAAAGCAGGUUCAAAGGCUGACUUGCAAGAAAAGGAUACAGAAAUAGAAGUAAAUGAAGUGUUUUGGAAUACAAGGAUCAUACCGAUUUUGCGUGAAUUAGAAAAGAAAGAAAACAUUGAGAUGCUGUGUGCUGCUUGCACACAACUUCAUCACACGUUAGAGGAAGGAAACAUGCUUGGAAACAGAUUUAAGAGAAGAACUAUUCUCCUGAAGACCCUGUAUAAACUAGUUGAUGUUGGUUCAGACUUGCUCAGCCUUAAACUUGCAAAAAUUAUCCUAGCACUUAAAGUGAGCGGAAAAAAUCUGCUUAAUGUCUGCAAGCUUAUAUUUAAAAUUAGCAGGAGUGAGAAAAAUGAUUCUCUGAUUCAAAAUGACAGCAUUCUGGAAUCAUUAUUGGAGGUCCUGAGAAGUGAAGGUCUGCAAGCUAACACGGAAGCUUUUUUAUACUGUAUGGGGGCGAUCAAAUUCAUUUCUGGAAAUCCAGGAUUUCUUAAUGAAAUGAUUGGCAAAGGUGCUGUGGAAAUAUUGCUGAAUUUGAUAAAGCAAAUAAAUGAGAUCACUGAGAAAUCUGGUACAUGUUUGCCUAAUUCAGGCCACUUGUUAGUCCAAAUGACUGCUACGCUGAGAAACUUGGUUGAUUCACCACUGGCAAGAAGUAAGCUGCUAAGCAUCAGUGCCCUUCCCCAGCUGUGCACGGUGAUGGGGCAGUACACAGGUGACAAGGAUGUCUGCACCAAUAUUGCCAGAAUAUUCAGCAAACUUACUUCUUAUCAUGACUGCUGUGUAGCCUUGGCCAACUAUUCCAGAUGUUACGCCUUGUUUUUGAAUCUGAUAAACAAAUACCAGAAGAAGCAGGAUUUAGUGGUUCGUAUUGUUUUUAUUCUUGGCAACCUGACAGCGAAAAAUAACCAGGCACGUGAGCAAUUUUGCAGAGAGAAAGGGAGCUUCCCAACUCUGCUGUCAUUAUUCCACACGUUCUACGAGCUGGAUCUGCAUUCCAGGAAGCGCGUGGAGGAAGGAGACGAUCGGCCCCCGGCGCGGAGGCCGCCGGCCCAGGCGGAGGACGUGCUCAUCAAGCUGACCCGGGUGCUCGCCAACCUGGCCAUCCACCCGCGCGUGGGCCCGGCCAUCGCCGCCCACCCGCGCAUAGUGGGCCUGCUCCUCGCCACGCUGGAAUACAAGUCAAUUGAUGAUUGUGAGGAGCUGGUGAUCAAUACUACAGCAACAAUCAACAACUUAUCUUACUACCAAGUGAAGAAUUCCGUAAUUCAAGACAAAAAGCUAUAUAUUGCUGAAUUGCUUAUAAAGCUUCUUGUGAGUAACAACAUGGAUGGAAUCCUGGAGGCUAUGCGCGUUUUUGGAAAUCUCUCCCAGGACCAUGACAUCUGCGAUUUCAUUGUGCAGAAAAAUGUCCACAAAUUCAUGAUUGCACUGCUGGAUGCGAAGCAUCAGGAUAUUUGCUUUUCUGCCUGUGGCGUUCUCCUAAACCUCACUGUGGAUAAAGACAAGCGUGUCAUCCUGAAAGAAGAAGGUGGCAUUAAAAAGUUAGUGGAUUGUUUAAGGGAUUUUGGUCCUACUGAUUGGCAGCUGGCCUGCUUGGUGUGCAAAACUUUGUGGAACUUCAGUGAAAAUAUCACCAGUGCUUCGUCAUGUUUUGGAGUUGAGACCACUGAUACACUCUUAGCCCUGCUGUCGUCAUUUUUAGAUGAAGAACUAGCACUGGAUGAGAGUUUUGACCAAGACCUAAAAAACUAUCACAGACUCCACUGGGAAACAGAAUUCAAACCGGUGGCACAGCAGCUUCUACACCGAAUUCAGAGGCAUCACACCUUCCUGGAACCCCUGCCUGUUCCCUCUUUCUAACACGAUGCAGAUUAACGGCAGAAACAGGAAGUCAGGUCUCCUUCAUUCCUGAGAAGUGGUAACAAACACGAACAUUUUAUUCAGUGUUAACAAAUAUUGAAAGUUUUUUCAGGUACUGAUUUUAGUGAGUAGUUUAACUAUUUUAAAAGAAAUGAGCAUUUCUUCUUGUUAGGUAUUAUGGAAAAAUGUUCUGCUAUGAGAAAUGUAAGAUGAAAAUAUAUGCAUGGCUUUUCUAAGUAAAUGACUUUUUUCUUCUAUUCUCUGUUAAAUAAUUUAGUUCUAGUCUUUAAGUCCUGAUUUAACAAUUGUAGAAUUUAAGAGCUUGUCAGCUCAGUAACUGAACUGUGCAAUGAAGACUUAGAUUUUGUUUAUAAAAAGAAUGGUGGUCAAUACCAUUAGGAAUACAUUACUACAUCAACAUCUGCAUUAAUUUUUACAGCAUCUACUAUUCAUUUUUUGGUUAGGAACCAGUAUUUUUCUGGUUCUUAUAUUAAGAGGAAUAAGCAAAAAAAUUUAAAGAAGACUGCUUUAGGCCAUUUACUCUUUAUUAAAUAAGUAAAAUAGAUGAAAAGGGGAGUAUUUUACCUUUUUCUGUUCAUUUGAAAUAAAAUGAGUAGACCAGACAGUCCUAAUGGUAACCCUCUGUGACUAGGGAGGUGAUGUACUGUACUAGGAAGAAUGUAGGCUUAAGCGUAUGGCAGAUCUCAGUUCAAAUCCUAGCUUUCCUUUGCUUGGGCCUUUGGCAAAUAACUUAGUAUUUUCAGCUUCAACUAUAAAAUGGGAGUAAUACCUAUUUUAUUAUAAUGUAGUUUAGAGAAAAAAACAUUAAAUGGGCAAAUUGCGCAGUACAGUGACUCUGCUUAGUAGAGGCUGAAUAAAUUAUAACAUUAUGAUGGUAAUUAGUUUAUUAGUUUGACAUUCUGUGUAGGGUAAGUUUGGCUUUUGAAUGAAUGAGAAAAAAACAAAGAAAUUGAGAUCACCGUUGUUGUCCCAUAUUAGCCAAAGAAGAUUUGGAAAUAGAAGUAGGUUUCCUACCCUGCUCUGUAGGGUGAGAGAUGAGCCGUUAAUAUCAGAAAAGCUGGUACAGCUCAUCCCUCGCCCAAACAAAAUAACAAGACUAAUGGGAUGAAGACAGCCAUCCCAGACUAGACGGGCUCUUAAAGGCUAUUAGAAAAAACCCUAAAUUUCAGGAACAAAUAGACUUUCUAAGGGCUCUUCUAGUUCAAGAUUUAUCCCUGAUUGAGGUGUUGCAAAAUCCUCUAGGGACACUCACCUUAUUAUGGUCUGUCAUCCAGAAGUAUAUGCCAAUAGAUUCACUCCAAUAGAUGAAACCAUUUUUUUAAAAGUCUGAAGGGCUAAUCUCUCAAAAACACUUAAAGAUCUAAGUUUUUAGUUUAUCUAUAGCAGGCUAUAUAUUCCACUUUCAGUGAGAAAGAUCAAACUCUUUCCCCUCUAAAACAGCCCCCUUGGUACUUAUAACUAAUACAAUAAUUCAUGAUGGAAUGAAUACCAUUAUACCUGUUCUCCAUAUUAAACUCCUCCUCCUUAGACUCAUGUGCAAACUAGACCAUUUGGAACCAUCUGCUUGCCUUUAAACAAAAUUGUGGUAAAAAACACAUAACAUAAAAUUUACCAUCUUAACUAUUUUUAAAUGUAUAGUUCAGCAGUGUUAAGUAUAUUCACAUUGUUUUGCAACAGUUCUCUAGAACUUUUUGAUCUUGCAAAACUGGAACCCAUCUCUGUUAAACAACUCCCUGUUUCCUCCCUCCCUAGCC